AUGGCAAUUCCUGCAUUAGUAGUAAUGCAUUUAAUGGCAUUACAUGUUCAUGGUUCAUCUAACCCAUUAGGUAUUACAGGUAAUAUUGAUAGAUUACCAAUGCAUCCUUAUUUUAUCUUCAAAGAUUUAAUUACUGUAUUUGUAUUCUUAUUAGUAUUCUCAUUAUUUGUAUUCUUCUCACCUAAUACUAUGGGACAUCCUGAUAACUAUAUCCCAGGUAAUCCUUUAGUUACUCCAGCUUCUAUUGUUCCAGAAUGA